AUGAGGUCGUUAUUAUUGUUAGCGGCGGUGUGCUGCUUAGUGUUGUCGGCGUGGGCGAGUCCUAUCGCGAAGCCUGAGGAUGACAAGGAAGUAGGCAGGCAAUCGGCAGCCGCACCCGCACCAGCUCCAGCAGCUUCUGCUGAAGAUGAAGAUGAUGACGACGACGACGACGAUGAUGAUGGGACGGCUGAUCCGUUCGAAGAUGACGACGACGAUGAGGACGAUGAAGACGAUGACGAUGAAGAAGCGGAUGAUGAUGAAGAUGAUUAUGACCUGGAAAGAUUCUUUGAUGAUAUUUUAGGAGGAGAGGAUGACGACGAUGACGACGAUGAACCUUCAGCUGUUCAGCCUGUUGCGGCUCCAGCUGAUGUAGUUGCUGCUGCACCUGCUGUUCCCGCUGCUUCCGCAGAAGAAGUGCCUACGAUUCCCGAAGAAGCAGAAUCGGUAGAGGGAGAAACUAUAGCGGAUGCUGAAGAACCUGAAGCUGGCCAAAAAGAGCCCGCUAGUGCUGAAGUAGAAAGCCCAGCUUCUAGCGCGGAAGCUGUUGCCCCUGCUGAUACUGAUGCUGAAGAAGAUGAUGAGGAAGAGGACGAUAUAACUGACGCACUAGAUCCUGAGGAAGAUGACGACGAUGAUGACGAUGACGAGGAAGAAGAUGACGAUGACGAGGAUGACGAUAUCUCCGAUGCUCUUGGCAGGAAAAUCUCUUCUAAGCACUCACGAGCGCUGAAAGAAGAGCCCGCGAAGAAGCCAGUAGUGCCCGCCAUUUAUAUAGUUAAAUAUAAUAAAUUCGUCGAUAACAUCCUUGAAAAGAUGAACGAAAUUCUUAGGCGUUCCUACGAUCCUGUUAAUGUUAAGCUUCAGCCAAUCGACGCUAAAAAGAAAAGCUCAAAGCCUAAGAAGGACAAGACAAAAACAAAGUCAAAAAAAAAAAGUAGUGCCAAGAAAAAGCAAACCACUCGCGCCGGAAGUUUGGCAAUGACUACGAACCACAAGACGAUAGAAAGUUUGACGAAUGGUAACGAAAUACGUGAUAUUCCUUUGGUAGACCAGAAAGUUAUGGAGGCUACUAAAGAGUCACCACAGAACACUGAAACAAGAGCGUUGAAGGAGAAGUCGGGUACUGAAACUGCAAAAGCUAAGCCUACCACAACGAGACCAAAACCUCCUACGAAUGCAACUAAACCAAAGCCUAAACCACCAGUAAAGACUACGACAAAAAAACCUGUUGAUAAAAAUAAGACUAAAACUGGCGAAAAAAGCAAACCAAGAGCUAAAGGAACUUUAUAUGGCUUAUCUUCAUUGAGGCGAACUGGAGAUGUAGCUGUUAGUAUUUUGUCGGAUCACACAACUGUAAAAAGUAACUUUGCUGUUGGACCUCUCAUAUUAAAGGUUGAGAAAGAGGUGGGUCGUGGAGGUAAAAAGGAAAUUAAAUCAGCUACUGCAACUACCGCUGAAAUGUCUGGAAAAAUAACUUUACGUGUAAAUAACCAAGGUGUUGCCACAUUACACGCGAUUAAAGUUUUGCAGCCCAAACAGGUUCGAGUUGACAGCAACCACGAACGUACGAGAGAAUUGGUGUGGAAACGAAGUGCAAGAAUAGCCCAUGUCGUAUCGGAGAAAUUAAUGUCGGCUUCCAAACCAAUGUUCCUUCAGCACGCUUAA